UCUGCAGCAAAGCAUCUUUCGUUACUUGCUCUCGAUCCUUUUGUGCAGCAGGAAAAAAAAAAAAAAAACAUCUUUCCCUUCAACUCUUCCCCCUCAGAUUGCCUGGGACAAAGGGCAGAUUCAGAGGAAAGAAAAGAAAACGAUGCACCGUUUGGUUUCAGGUCGGUCCCUUGCGGUGCUUAUAGCGCCGAUCCUUCUAUCUGUGCUUGUAUUCUAUCGUCUCAAGAAGAAGAAGGGAAAGAGUGCAGAAAAAGAGAGCACCGAGGGACCAUCGUCUGCUCCUUCGCUCAUCUCUCCCAUACCCACAGCCACAGGAGGUGGUAACGAAAGGAGUGCAGAAAAAGAGUGCACUGAUGGACCAUCUUCUGCUCCUUCGCUCAUAUCUCCCAUACCCACUGCCACAGGAGGUGGCAGCGAUCAAUACGACGUAUUCUUGAGCUGCAGAGGCUCGGACACCCGCUUCGGAUUCGCCGAUUACCUCUACACCAGUCUGAUCAAUGUUGGGAUUUCCGUGUUUAUGGGCACUAAGAGCAUUACUGCUGGAGAAGAAAUUGGUCCACGGAUUUUCGAUGCGAUCACACGGUCCAAGAUUUUGAUCCCCAUCAUCUCUGAAAAUUACGCUUGGAGCACAUGGUGCCUCCUCGAGCUCAUUCGUAUCAUGGACUGCAAGGGAAGCAUGUCACGCAUAGUGUUGCCCAUUUUUUACCGUGUGAAACCAUCAGAUGUGCGGAAUCUACGAGGAAAUUUUGGGCAGGCCUUCAAUUCGCGUAAGCACCGUCUUCAUGACGAGCUUAUCCAGGAAGGGGAACAAGCACUUAGAGAUGUGACUGACUUAAACGGAUGGGAAGCUAGGGCUGACGGGUACUUCUUUUCCACCUGAACUUUUUAUUUUGUUUUUUCUCCUGAUGAGUUCUCUUACUGACGCAAAACCGAUGAAAUGUGGAUGAACUAACCCCAGUACAAGCUCGCGAAACAUCCC